AUGGCAAAGUCAUCAUGUAGCCUCAUUCUUAUUCUCUCAUGUGUACUUGUGUUUGCCUUCAUGAACAACUCAUCAGCCUUAGCGUCCAGUGGUAUUAAUAAUUAUCGUGUGGUCAACUUAGGAGCCAAACCAGAUGGCAAGACUGACUCAACCAAAGCCUUCCUUUCUGCAUGGGACAAAGCUUGUGCCUCCGUGAAGCCAGCUGUCAUUCACGUCCCGCGCGGGACGUUCUUGCUAGGCAAUGCCAUCUUCAGAGGGCCAUGCAACAACAAGGCCACCACCUUUCGCAUCUCCGAAGGCACCCUCGUUGCCCCAUCCGAUUACCGGGUCCUUGGAAAUGCUGGUAACUGGCUUUCGUUUCAGGAUGUGCACGGCCUCAACAUAUCUAGCUCGAACGGAAUUCUUGAUGGCCAAGGCACUGGUUUGUGGGAUUGCAAGGCCUCACCAGGCAAGAGUAAUUGCCCUACCGGAGCAAUCUCACUGGGUUUCUUCAACUCGAGCAACAUUGUGGUGAGUGGAUUGCUAUCCCGAAACAGCCAAUUGGUCCACAUAAUCAUCAGAGGUUGUCACAAUGUGAAUAUGCAUGGAAUUAGGGUUUCUGCCUCUGAAAAAAGCCCCAACACCGAUGGCAUCCACAUUCAAAUGUCAUCAGACAUCACCAUUUUCAACUCUGAUUUUUCAACCGGUGAUGAUUGUGUCUCAAUUGGCCCUGGCACCGUUAACUUGUGGAUCGAAAAGGUUACUUGUGGACCCGGCCAUGGAAUUAGCGUUGGAAGUCUAGGGUGGGAGAUGCAAGAGCCUGGUGUGCAAAAUGUAACAGUUAAAACUGCUACAUUUAAGAAUACCUUGAAUGGUGUCAGGAUUAAGUCUUGGAGUAGGCCUAGCACUGGAUUUGCUAGGCACAUUCUCUUCCAACACGCCGUAAUGGUCGAUGUCAAAAAUCCCAUCAUUAUUGAUCAAAACUACUGCCCUAACAAGAAAGACUGCCCUCGUCAGGUUUCUGGAAUCGAAAUUACCGACGUGACGUACCAAGACAUCCACGGUACAUCAGCAACUGAAGUUGCAGUGAAUUUCGAUUGUAGUUCCAAGAAUCCUUGUACGGGGAUUAGAUUGGAGGAUGUGAAGCUCACUUACCAGAACCAACCACCUGAAGCUUCAUGUAGCCAUGCAGAUGGAACAGCUGCAGGUACAGUUCAGCCUACAAGUUGUUUGUAG